UAAAGCUCAGAACUGCAUGACCUAUUGCUGGAAUUUUUUUUUUGAUAAAGCUGUUUUGCUCUGAAGGAAGACCAUGAAUCGCUUACCUAAGCCUCCAGAAGUACCGAUGCGGAUAAUAGUGACGUCCCGGCAUUUUGCAUGGUGCAGCAGUUUGAUCAGCUCAUGGAGCAUGAUGGAAAUGGAAGGGAUGCCCAUCCCAUGCUGUUGGAAGGAGAGAAAAGAGAAAUGUCAGUGCCUGUGAGGCUGCGGCAGGGGACAGCUCCAGGGUGGCCGAUGGAGUUAUGAUUCUCCCUGUGCUGAUGGUGAUGGCGUUCCCAUCCCCGAGCUGGCAAGAUGAUGAACUGAAGCUCAAGAUGGUGCACUACGAAUGUGUGUGUGAAGGCAUGUCCUGUGGGAACGGGGAUCGGUGCCAAGGCCAGCAAUGCUUUGCUUCCCUGAGCAUCAAUGACGGGGCUAAGGUUUACCAGAAGGGCUGCUUCCAGGUCUAUGAACAGGGCAAAAUGACCUGCAAAACACCUCCAUCCCCCGACCAGGCUGUGGAGUGCUGCCAGGGACACCUGUGCAACAUGAACAUCACUGCACAGCUGCCCUCUUCCAAAGGGCAAACCUUUCAAGGAGAAGCUGCAGGUUACAGUAUGGAAACACUAAUCAUCGUUAUCCUGGCUCCUGUGAUAGUGUUGAUAGUUUUUUCUGCAGUAGCAGUGCUGAUCAUCCGGAGAAUACAGAAGAACCACAUGGAGAGGCUCAGUUCUAGGGAUGCAGAGUAUGGCACCAUCGAGGGCCUCAUUGCCUCGAACGUGGGGGACAGCACGUUGGCAGAUUUGUUGGACCAUUCCUGCACAUCUGGAAGUGGUUCUGGACUUCCUUUCUUGGUGCAAAGAACGGUGGCUCGUCAGAUCACACUUGUGGAGUGUGUAGGAAAGGGCCGUUAUGGAGAAGUUUGGAGGGGUCAGUGGCAAGGAGAAAAUGUUGCUGUGAAGAUCUUCUCUUCUAGGGAUGAAAAGUCCUGGUUCAGGGAAACUGAGUUGUACAACACUGUAUUGCUGCGACAUGAGAAUAUUUUGGGUUUUAUCGCCUCCGACAUGACCUCCCGGAACUCCAGCACGCAGCUGUGGCUGAUCACACACUACCACGAGAUGGGCUCUCUGUACGACUACCUGCAGCUGACCACGCUGGACACGGUGAGCUGCCUGCGCAUCGUGCUGUCCAUCGCCAGCGGGCUGGCACACCUGCACAUCGAGAUCUUCGGCACGCAGGGCAAGCCGGCCAUCUCCCACCGCGACCUCAAGAGCAAGAACAUCCUCGUCAAGAAGAACGGCCAGUGCUGCAUCGCUGACCUGGGCCUGGCAGUUAUGCAUUCCCAAAGCACAAACCAGUUGGAUGUGGGGAACAAUCCCCGUGUGGGCACCAAGCGCUACAUGGCCCCCGAGGUGCUGGACGAGACGAUCCAGGCAGACUGCUUCGACUCCUACAAGAGGGUGGACAUCUGGGCCUUCGGGCUGGUGCUCUGGGAGGUGGCCAGGCGCAUGGUCAGCAACGGUAUUGUGGAAGACUACAAACCACCCUUUUAUGACUUGGUUCCGAACGAUCCCAGUUUUGAAGACAUGAGGAAAGUGGUCUGUGUGGAUCAGCAGAGGCCCAACAUUCCCAACAGAUGGUUCUCAGACCCGACGUUAACGUCCCUCGCCAAGCUGAUGAAGGAGUGCUGGUACCAGAACCCGUCCGCCAGACUGACAGCCCUGCGCAUCAAAAAGACUUUGACCAAAAUUGACAAUUCCUUAGACAAACUGAAAGCUGACUGUUGACCCUCUGCUCGUGGUGCUCUCCCGCCAGGAAGGCACUGGGCUGGCCCUGAGGGCUCUGGCCAGGCCGUUGGCAGCCCUGGUGCCCACGGGGCUGCUCGGAGCGGGAGUUCUGGGGAGCAGCUGUGGGAACACUGGGACCCCUGGACUGCUCGGACCACAACUGCACCCACACCUGGGCGAGCGCUGAGGACUCAGCUGGAUGUGCUGUUGCUGAGGUAGUGGCCUGAAGGAAGACAGAGAAAUCCUAAGACAAGAUCAGGGCAUUAAACAAUGGCUUUGAACAGCUUUUUUCUUUUCGUUUUUUUUUUUCUUUUUUUUCCUUUUUUUUCCCCUCCUUUUUUAAAAUUUUUUUUAAUUUUAUUUUAAUUCUCCUAGUCACUCCCAGGGUGAAUACAUGGAAGUGGUAAAUUUUAAUCAGCAAUAUUGCCUGUGCUUCUCUUCUUUAUUGCACUAGGAAUUCUUUGCAUUCCUUACUUGCACUGUCACUGUUAAUUUUAAUGACAUGACUUGCCAAAAAUACGAUUGGCUGUAUCCUGCAUUGAUCUAUACCUGAGUAAUAGGAAAAGAAUUCGGUAAACUGAAAAUGUAACUGUCAGACUUUAGCUGCAUUUUACAUGUGUACUGAUGUUUACAAUAAUGCUGAACAUUAGGAAUUUCUCGUUUAUCCAAAACUUGCAAAUUAUUUAUUACUAGUGCACUUGCCAGUUUUUUAAACUGUAAAAUAAGUGCAUAAAGUUAAAGCUUAUUUUUAUGUGGCCUCUUUCAUGAUUUCUUACACAGACGUUUUUGUAACACGAUAUAACCUGAAACAUGAAUUGUUUUAUGUAUUAUCAUAUUACAACUCGAUAGUCACAUUUUAAGUGCUUCACAUUUGUAGGUGUGUGGUCUGUACCAUAUUUUCAGUUGGAAUAUGGAACGUAUAUAUAGCCAUUUCCCACAGGACCUUGCGUCUGGCAUCUUACUGAUCUGGGAAAGGAAAGCAACGGAGGAGUUAACUAGAAUUUUAGGUCAUGAAUGCUGUGGGGAAAAUGCAUUUUAUUUCUUCUAAGCUAUAUAAUAUGCAUUUAAACUCUGCCAGAAAAAUAACUAUUUUGUUUUAAUCUACUUUUUCUAUUUAGUAGUUAUUUGUAUAAAUUAAAUAGAAUGUUUUCAAGUCAAA